AUGUGGGAGCCGCAGGGAAGCUUGGACCCCGUCUUAGAAUCUAUCGAGAAUGAGCUUCGGGAGCAAGUUGCUGAAGCUCGGUCCCGUUGGGCUGGGUUCGAGCCACGGCUGGCCAUCGUGCAGGUUGGAGGACGGGAGGACUCCAACGUAUAUAUCAGGAUGAAGCUGAAGGCUGCAGAAAAUAUCGGCAUCACUGCUGAGCACAUCCAGCUGCCCAGAGACAUCACUGAGACUGAGCUUCUGGCCAAGAUCACCAGCCUGAACGAGUCUCCGUACGUGCACGGUAUCAUCGUGCAGAUGCCCUUAGACUCUGAGCAUCCGAUCGACUCUCAUGCCAUCACUGAUGCCGUUUCACCCGACAAGGAUGUGGAUGGUUUAAACACAAUUAAUGAGGGUCGCGUAGCCGUCGGUGACUUGUCUGGCUUCAUUCCCUGCACACCAGCUGGUUGCGUAGAGCUGAUCAAACGCACUGGCGUAACCAUUGCUGGCAAGAACGUCGUGGUGCUGGGCCGUAGCCGUAUCGUCGGUACUCCAGUCUCCGAGCUGCUGAAGUGGGAACAUGCCACUGUCACCGUCUGCCACUCCAAGACCAAGAACUUGAGUGAAAUUACCAAGACUGCCGAUAUACUGGUGGUAGCUAUAGGCAGGGGCGAGAUGGUCCGCGGCUCCUGGAUCAAACCCGGUGCUGUAGUCAUUGACUGCGGUAUCAAUCCCAUAUCUGAUCCGUCGAAGAAGAGUGGCCAGCGCUUGGUGGGUGACGUGGCUUAUGAGGAGGCGGUGCAGGUGGCGUCGCACGUGACGCCGGUGCCCGGGGGUGUGGGCCCCAUGACUGUGGCCAUGCUCAUGCGCAACACCGUGCAGGCCGCGCGCCGCCAGCUUGACCGCUUGCUGGCCCCCGCGUGGCCACUACGACCACUCCGUAUCACGCCGCUGUCCCCGCCACCUAGUGACAUCGUGAUUGCCCGUUCUCAAAAGCCCAAAGAUAUAAGUGAGUUGGCGCAUGAGAUUGGUCUGUUCUCCAACGAAGUGUCGCAGUAUGGACGCACCAAGGCUAAGAUCUCUCUGUCAGUCCUCGACAGAAUGAGGAACCAGCAAGGUGGAAAAUACAUCGUGGUUGCUGGAAUUACACCAACUCCCCUGGGUGAGGGUAAGAGUACAACACUCUUGGGACUGGUGCAAGCGUUGUCAGCACACCGCGGUCGCAACUCGUUUGCUGUGAUGCGUCAGCCCAGCCAGGGACCUACCUUCGGAGUCAAAGGAGGUGCUGCCGGUGGUGGUUACUCACAAGUCAUCCCCAUGGAAGAGUUCAAUCUCCACUUGACAGGAGACAUCCACGCUGUAACUGCUGCCAACAACUUGCUCGCUGCCCAAAUGGACGCGAGGAUCUUCCACGAACUGACCCAGAAGGACGGCCCACUGUUCGACAGACUUGUACCCAAGAUCAAGGGUGUUAGGAAGUUCUCCCCCAUCCAACUUAGGAGACUGAAGAGGCUGGGCAUUACAAAGACAGAUCCUGAUACCCUGACAGAAGGAGAGAAGUCGAAAUUCGCUCGUUUGAACAUUGACACUUCGAAAAUUAUGUGGAACAGAGUUGUGGACUUAAACGACAGAUAUCUUCGUAAGAUCACGGUCGGACAGUCUCCUACUGAGAAGGGAUUCACAAGAGAGACCGCCUUCGAUAUCUCUGUAGCCUCAGAGAUCAUGGCUAUCCUCGCUCUGGGCAAGGAUGUGGAGGACAUCAAAGAAAGGCUGGCCAACAUGGUGGUAGCCCUCGACAAGAGUGGCAACCCUGUCACUGCUGAUGACUUGGGUAUGACAGGAGCACUCUUGGUUCUCCUACGUGAUGCUUUCGAGCCGACCCUGAUGCAGUCCCUGGAAGGUACCCCAGUACUUGUCCACACUGGUCCAUUCGCCAACAUUGCCCACGGCUGCUCAUCCAUACUGGCUGACAAGAUCGCCAUGAAGCUGGCUGGAGAGAACGGAUAUGUUGCUACUGAAGCUGGUUUCGGUUCUGAUAUUGGUAUGGAGAAGUUCUUCGAUAUCAAAUGCCGUGCGAGUGGUGACACCCCUCACUGCGCGGUCAUCGUGUCCACAGUACGUGCCCUGAAGAUGCACGGUGGUGGGCCCCCAGUGUCCGCUGGUAUGCCACUCAACGAUGUCUACGUACAGGAAAAUCUGGAACUUCUUAGCAAAGGUCUUUGCAACUUGGGCAAGCACAUAAGUAACGGAAACAAGUUCGGUGUCCCAGUUGUGGUUGCUAUCAACAAACAUGGUAACGACACGCCCGCUGAGCUGAACCUGGUAAAAGAAUUCGCAGUUAAGAAUGGAGCAUUCAGAGCGGUACUGUGCGACCACUGGGCUAAGGGUGGUCUCGGAGCCCUGGAGUUGGCAGACGCUGUCAUUGAGGCCUGUGACUCCAAGUCCAAGUUCGAAUUCCUAUACCCACUGCAGCUGUCCAUCCAGGAGAAGAUUCAAAUCAUUGCCAAGGAGAUGUAUGGAGCAGGACAGGUUGAAUACACUGAUGAAGUUCUCGAGAAGAUCAAGACGUUUACGGAUAUGGGAUACGACAAAUUCCCGAUCUGUAUGGCCAAGACAUCGAACUCGUUGACUGGAGACCCAGCUGUAAAGGGAGCGCCUACUGGAUUCACACUAAAAAUAAAUGGUAUUUUUGCGUCUGUCGGUGCUGGCUUCGUUGUCCCAAUGGUGGGAGAAAUCUCCAAAAUGCCUGGUCUUCCCACUAGACCAAGCAUCUACGACAUAGACCUCAACACGAAAACAGGAGAAAUCGAAGGUCUUUUCUAA